AUGCCUGCCUCCCGUGGGGGCUUGCUUGUCCUUUUCUCUUGCCUGGUCCUGGGACAAGCUUUGGAUUUUACCGACUACAGUGAUGUUUUGGAGGAAGAGGAAGAGCCAGAGCCCAUUGACUACAAGGAUCCUUGCAAAGCCGUGCAGUGUAGAUCCAGCCUUAGCCUUUCCUUUUUUGCUCCUUUCUUCCAGUUCCUGGAUGACCCAGGUUUGAAAAAUGACAUCCGGAAUAAGCCUGUCCAGCUGCCUCUGGCCCAUUCGGGUUGGCUUUUCAAGGAGGACGACCAAGAAGAUAUCAAGCCUUUGCGCUCCGGCCCGAAGGAGGAGGAGAUGGAGGUUGACGCCUCUUCAGUGAGAGUGAAAGAGGAGCCCCAGGAUGAAGAGGAGUCCCCGUCUGCGCUCAGAUCAACUCCUGCAAAGGCGCCUCCUCCUCCUCCCUUUCCGCAGGAUGUGUCAGUGGCGGAGCUGCUGCACGGGCUGAGCCUCUGCAAGGAGGACGAGCUGCUCUUCCUGCAGCUGCCGGAUACGCUCCCAGGGCAGCCGCCCACCCAGGACUCCAAGCCCAUCAAGACAGAGGUGCCGAACGAGGACGGGCAGAUGAUGGUGAUCAAGCAGGAAAAGAGCCAGGAAGCCAAGGAAGCAGAGAACACCUGCACUUUGGGGGACCUGUCUGAAGGGCAAGUGGGGAAGCUGCUGAUCCGCAAAUCGGGGAAAGUGCAACUCGUUCUGGGCAGAGUCACUCUGGAUGUGACCAUGGGGACCCCCUGCUCCUUUCUCCAGGUAUGGCUUGCUUAUAUUUGUUUAUUAUUUAUUUAU